AUGGUAUAUGAAGCUUCAUCAAUUUCUCGGGGCCAUUGGUUCUUUCCCUCGGAAACUAAUACAUCUUUAUUUGUGUAUCAAGCUGAUGGAAUAGUUGCUUACUUGCUCGUCUAUGUUGACGACAUAAUUCUGACUGGCAGCCAUCCCUCCUUCCUUAGUGAUAUUAUCUCAAAGCUUGGUGGUGAAUUCUCCAUUCAUGACUUGGGUUCUUUAAGUUUUUUUCUGGGAGUAGAGGUCAAGUAUACCGCCCGUGGUCUCUUGCUCUCUCAACAGCAAUACAUUAGCAAUCUGAUAACUAGGACUGUUGGAGCCUUACAAUACGUAACUCUCACUAGGCCAGAUCUUACAUUUGUGGUGAAUAAAGUUUGCCAAUUCAUGCACUCUCCAAGCUUAAAUCAAUGGGAUGCAGUUAAACCCUCUCCAGGUUUGUCACUACAAGCAUUCACCGAUUCCGAUUGGGCAAGUUCCUUGGAUGAUAGGAAGUCGACUGGUGGCUAUGCCAUUUUUCUGGGAAAUACUCUAGUCUCCUGGUCGUCUAAGAAACAACGGAUAGUUGCUCGAUCUUCCACUGAAUCAGAGUACAAGGCUCUUGCUGAUGCUACUGCUGAGAUCUCUUGGUUACAAUCCUUAUUAUUUGAACUGGGCAUUCCACUUCCGACUCCUCCAGUCCUAUGGUGUGAUAAUCUUGGUGCCGCUUAUCCAUCUAUCAAUCCAGUUUUCCAUGCUCGCACUAAGCAUGUCUAG